CAUGAAAAAACCGUAUCUUUAAAAUACGAUUCAUCAUUUUGAAUAAUAUUCUAUGAAAAUGAAAUUUAAAUUACCUAUAUCGCCAAAUUCAACUUAACCAGUCCCUCAAAAUAAAGGUAAGGCAAAUCUCUAUUUUGCAUAUGUGUACCAGAAAGGUUCCCUAAAACAUUUUCCCCAAAAAUAAUAAUAAUUUGUGAAAUUUAGAAGUUAAACAAAUUAUUAAAAUGAACACUAUUCAAAUUAAUCUCUUACUGUUCUCCUUUUUAGAAGUAUAUUCUGAUUAGAAAAAAUUGAAUAAUUGAGAAAAAAAUAAAACUAACCAACAAUUUAUUAAUACAUAGGACUCAAUUUAAUAAUUCAAUUAAUGUAUCCUAAUUAUUUAAUAAUCU